UAUGGAUGGUACGCAAAUGCUAUUUAUAACAGUGACUACCCAGAAAUAAUGAAGACCCGCAUUGCAGAACGUAGUUUAGCUGAAGGCUUCAACCAGUCCCGUCUUCCAGCAUUCACUGACGAAGAAAUCUCCUACAUUAGCGGCACUUUCGAUUUCAUGGGUCUCAAUAUGUAUACUUCGUACCUAGUAGAAGCUAUGGACGAAGUACCAAUCGGAGAACCGAAUUACAAUUACGAUUUAGGUACCAAAAGCUACCAAUCAGAUGAUUGGGAGUCAAGCGCCGCUUCUUGGGUGAAGCUUACUCCAUGGGGAAUGAGAAAAGUUUUAAACUGGUUGAAGGAGACAUACAACGAUCCAGCAAUUAUAAUUACAGAGAAUGGUCUCGCAGAUGACGGUUCCACCUUAGAAGAUGAUCAGAGAGUCCGUUACUACAGGGAUUAUCUCAGCAAUGUAAGGAGUGCUAUGGAAGAUGGAGUGAAUGUAAUUGGCUACACUGCAUGGAGUCUUAUGGAUAACUUCGAAUGGUUACAGGGUUACACGCAAAGAUUCGGGCUCUUCUAUGUAGAUUUUGACAACAUUAAUAGGACUCGGACGCCCAAAACUUCUGUGUCUUACUAUAAAAAAGUUGUCGAGACCCAUUGCUUAGUAGACACUUGUGAGGAAUAAACAAAUAAAUGUUUAGAUAUGUUAUUUUGUAGUUACUUUCAAAUAAAACUAAAAAAACAAAA